UUAAAGAGAGGAUAAACAAAUAGAACAACGUAGGAUACACCGAGCACGUAACAUGCUAAGCGCACCUAGAAACCCUAAAACCUCUCCGAUUCGUCACCGCCAUUGCACACUAUAAAUAUAUAAAAAAAUCAGAAUUUUGGUCGAGUGUAACCCUAAUUUACUCUUCGGCUUCCCCUCUCGCAAUCAAUCAUUUCAAUUUUGAUGGCCUCUUUUCUAAUUUCCAAGUUUGUAACUGUUUGAGAUCUGUCACUAUGAAUUCAACAAAGAUGGAUGAUAUUUGUUGCAAAGAUAUAAUCAGCAAUCUACCAGAAGAUCUUAUUUGCCACAUAUUGUCCUUUAUUCCCACAAUUGAAGCUUCUUUAACAUCGCUUCUCUCCAAAAAAUGGCGGUAUCUCUUUGCUUUCACACCAAAUCUUGAUUUCGAUGAUUCGAUAUGUAGGCGUCUUCCAAUGGUUGACAUGAAUAAAAAUUUCAUGGAUUUCGUGGAUAGAGUUUUGGGUUUGCAGGGUAAUUCUACUAUAGAUAGGUUCUCACUCAAGUGUGGAAAUGGUAUUUAUCGAGAAUGCAUCUCUAGGUGGAUAUCAAAUGUCAUUGAACGUGGGGUAUCGGAACUUGAUUUACGCGGUACUUUGGUUUCGAAUAGUUCGAUGCCUUCAAGUGUCUUUUUGAGCAAGUCACUUGUUAAGCUGAAAAUAGAUACUGAAAAUGGUUCUGUCAUUGAUUUGGAAGAUGUUUUUCUUCCAAACCUUAAGACCCAUCUUGGUUCUGUUUGGUUUGGAGAGGGUGAUACUGGCCUUCUCAAGCUUAUUUCUGGAUGUCAUGUCCUUGAGGAAUUAACUAUGAUUCAUCUAUGGUGGGGUGGUUAUUGGAACCGCUCUGUGUCUUCCAAAACCCUUAAGAGACUUACGGUAGGUUGUUCAGAUUGGAAAAGAAGUCCGGGUAGUGUGUCAUUUGAUACGCCAAAUCUUGUUUACUUUGAAUACCAUGAUCUGGUUGCGGACAAGUAUGAAAUAGUGAAUUUCGACUCACUUGUUGAAGCUGCUAGUAUUAAUCUUCGAAUGAGACAUGAUCAGCGUGCACAUGCAAGCUAUGGCGAUUUGGUUGUUAAUGCAAAAAAUCUUUUUAUAGGGAUAAGCAAUGUUCAGAUCCUUAAAUUAUUUUCCAACACUCUUGAGGUGCUUACUUUCUGUUGUGAACCAAUACCUGUAUUCAAAAACCUGAUUCACUUGACUUUGGAGACUGACAAAGAUGUAGGAUGGGAAUCAUUGCCGGCUCUACUCAAAAACUGUCCAAUUCUAGAAACCCUUGUCUUCAAAGGACUCCAUCACAAACAUACAAUUAAAUGUGAGGACGCUGACGGGUGUCUAUGCAAAUCUUCAAAGGAAAUUUGUAGUUGCCUAUCAUCAAGUCCGGUGAAGGUUCUGAAGAUACUCAAGUUUGGCGAAGUUUCUUCUUACUUUGAUGACGAGGAAAAGCAGCUGGAGCUAGUCAAGUAUUUCCUGGAGACAAUGCCGAAUCUUGAACAGAUGAUAUUGUGUUACAAUACACGAAUUGAUGAAGGUGUGAAAAGUCAACUUGAGAGGCUAGUUCCUAGAGUAUCUUCAUCGAAGUGUAGUGUCCAACUAAUCUGUGAUAACUUCAUCGCACCAACUUAUCCUUUCUAUGGUAUCGUACCAGCACCAUCUUAUCCUGUCUAUGGUAUCCCCUGCAUGGGAGAUCAGCCUAUUUUAACUAAGAGAAGAUUAACAAAGCUUUUGUUCUAGUUUUAGCACAAAAGCAUCUAGUUUCGCCUCUAUUCUUCACUUUGUCUUACUCUUUCGGCUUCUCAAUAUGCAUUUUUAACCUUAUUGUGUUGCAUAUACUUCAAGUUUUCUCAAGGGUUCCAAGUUUUUAAUUAAUAUAGCUUUUGUUUUAGUUCUUGGUACAAAAUUAUUUAGUUUGGUCUCUGUUUUGUUAUAUGUGUCUUACUCUUUCGGCCUUCUCAAUAUGUUAUACACUUCACGUUCUCUCAAGGCUUUCAAGUAGUUAAUUUGCUCCACGGCGAGUAAAUAUGAUGUUUGCGUGCAAGUAAAUAUCAAAAUUCAAAUUAAGGAGGAAAUCAAACUCUUUUCUGUAUAAAUUGGGUUUAGUUAUUUUUUUUUGG